AUGCAGUUCAGAGUUGAGGUGUUCGACUACGAGAUAGCCGACUCCGGAGACGAGGACGAGCCGAUGAAGACGAGGAAGACCCUGAGGAGGUUAUCUUCAACUGAACCAAUUGAAGCCAAUGAUUGGCUUAGAGUCAUUGAGAAGAAGUUAGCCACCAUACAAUGCACGGAGCAAGAGAAGGUUCUGUAUGCAAGCCACCAACUGGAAGGCGCAGCUGCCGCAUGGUGGGACAACUUCAAGUUUGGUUUUGAUGGAGAGGUCAUCACUUGGGACGACUUCGUCCGUGGAUUCCGGACCGCCCACAUUCCAACCGGAAGUAUGGGACUGAUGAAGAAGGAAUUCCGCUCUCUUCGCCAAGGCUCCAAAUCUGUGAAGGAGUAUUUGGACCGUUUCACCAGCUUGGCUAGGUAUGCCCCAGGAGAUCAUUUGGUGGACAAGGCCAUACGCCUUGAGGGAAAGCAGAAGGAGAUUGAAAACAGGAAGAGAAGGGCAAGUAACCACAAGAUUGAUUCUAGGCCCCAUGUCAAGUCUCACCACUUUUCACCUCCUAGACACCACCACUCUGGAGCAUCCUCUGGAAGAUUCCAUGGCAUGAGUCAUCAGCAGCACAGGCACCAGAGUCACCGCAAUCACCAAGAUCACAAGGAGAACCGGCACCAUGGAAGUGGACACCGUCACCACCACAGCGACUCUGCUCCUGAGAAGAGGGACAUGAGUCAGGUGAAAUGCUUCAACUGCGGCAAGAUGGGCCACUACAAGAGUACUUGCACGGAGAAGCCGCGUGAGGACAAGAACCAGGGACGUAGCAAGCCCAAUCCGUUUGUGAAGGCCAAGCUCAACCAUGUGUCUGCUGAGGAGGCAUAUGAGUCAUCGGACGUCGUUGUCGCCCUGAAGGCAAAAGAAUUAGGUUUGCCACCAAAGCCAGACCUAGGAAGGCCAUAG